UUUAAUUACGCGAUUUGAAUAACAAUCUUUGGUGUAUUUAAUUGUGUUUAACAAGUUUAUUCAUGAUUCCUUUUUCAUUCUAAACAAAUUCCCAUCAUUUUGCCUUUCAACACAAACUUUCUUGUAGUAUAAAACCCCCCAUUUCCCUGGAAUCCUGAGACGCCUGCUCGCAGUCUGCAGGCUUCAUGACAGAAAGGUUUUGUUGUAUGGUGAUGAGGAUCAACAUCGACUGCAAUGGUUGUUACAGAAAAGUGAGAAGAGCCCUCCUUGAUAUGAAAGAGUUGGAAACGCAUUUGAUAGAGAAGAAGCAAUGUAGGGUUAGCGUUUGCGGGAAAUUCAACCCUCGAGAUGUGGCCAUCAAAAUAAGGAAGAAGACGAAUCGCAGAGUGGAGAUAUUAGAAGUACAAGAGCUUAACAUCAACGAUGAACAAGUUCAUCAUGAGGAGAAGUCAUUGAAGACCGCUUCCAAUACUUGGAAUCUUGAAUCCAACCAAACCCAAAUUGAAACCUGUCUAACAUGUACAUAUUGAUGCCUAAAUAUGUGUAUAUUUAUAUGUAUAUGCUUGUAUGUAUGUCGAUGUACUAUGACAUGAAUUUGAACAUAGAUGAUUUGCUGGGUGCUGCAUAUAUCAACUGAGAGAA